AUGGAGGCGAGAGAGCGGCGUCGUCAACGCGUCUCGUCUACUAUCGCCCCAAGAGAUCUAGUGCAUCUUGCGGCUGGCGGCUGUGAUUGGCGCUGCCGUGGGCGCCAGAAGCUGGGCUUGCCUGCUCGCUUUCUGGAACGCAUCGACGGCAUCCACACGACUGUCGCGCGACGCUCAAGGCGAGCACCGCCGAUGGCACAUCGCGAUGGCACCUCGCGGCCGCAAAACCCUGCCGCGCCCACGCGCCGAAUGCUGCCGGCGGGCGAGUGCCAUGCCGCUGCGCUGCUGGUCCUGAUCUCCGCAAGGGGCGCGGCCAGGGUGAGCGAGGACGUCCAGCAGUCCCCUCAACACCACGCCCGCAUCGUCACCAGCCCCGAAGCCGCCAGCGCCCCCUGGCGAGCCGGCCCGCUGGAGACGAACUUGUGGGCCCCACGCCGUCGCUCACGCCGCUGCUCCGGGCCUGUGCACCCACGUCCAUCGAGUCUGUGCAACGUGCUGGGCGUCUGA